AUGUUAGCGGUCGGGCAAAUGGAGGCUAACCGGCAGAGUGCUUUCGUCCUGGGCAGCACCCCGCUGGCGGCGUUGCACAACAUGACCGAGAUGAAGACGUCCCUGUUCCCGUAUGCGCUGCAGCAGAGCCCGGCGGGCUUCAAGGCGCCCCCGCUCUCCAACCUCAGCUCCCAGCUCUCCAUGGGGACUCCGCACGGAAUAAGCGACAUCCUGGGGAGACCUAUCACCACGGCCGGACAGCUGCUCUCCGGGUUCCCCCGGAUAAACGGCCUGGCCACCACCGCGGCCGCCGCAGCGGCGGGGAUGUACUUCAGCCCGGCGGUGUCGCGGUACCCGAAGCCCCUGGCUGAGCUGCCGGGGAGAGCGCCCAUCUUCUGGCCCGGGGUGAUGCAGGGGUCUCCCUGGAGGGACCCGCGGGUUCCCUGUCCCACUCAGUCUAAUAUGAUGAUGGACAAGGACGGCAAGAAGAAACACUCCAGACCGACUUUUUCAGGACAGCAAAUUUUUGCACUGGAAAAAACUUUCGAGCAGACGAAAUACCUGGCCGGCCCAGAGAGAGCCCGCCUGGCUUACUCUUUAGGAAUGACCGAGAGUCAAGUGAAGGUUUGGUUUCAGAACAGAAGAACCAAAUGGCGGAAGAGGCACGCAGCAGAAAUGGCCACGGCCAAGAAGAAGCACGACUCGGAGACGGAGAAGAUGAAGGAGAGUUCGGAUAACGAGGACGACGACGAGUACAACAAGCCACUGGACCCAAACUCAGACGACGAGAAAAUCACGAGACUGUUGAAAAAGCACAAGGCCUCCAACCUGGCGCUGAUCAGCCCCUGCAGUAACAGCUCGGACACCUUGUGA